UGCCGCGGCGAGAGGCAGCGACAGCGGCAGCGGCAACGGCAGCACGACGACGACGACGGGCAGCCUGACGUCCGGCCUGAGAGCAGAUUCGGAGAACGUCUGUGUCGUGGUUCGGAGCCAGGAGCGACAGAGUACGUCGAUGACUUUGGUGAACUCGGGAGGGACAUUGUGCGAUUCCGUGUGACCGUGGGGCCAGUGUGUGGUGCGACGGGUCCAGUGUGUUCCGGGACAGUGUCCGGGACUAAGGAACAGGAAGAGACGGUAGCGACGGGCCCGCCGGCCGAGGCGUGCGCCCCAGGAGGCGUCGGCGGCGCCGGCAAACCAAGGGGAACAGUUUUGGGCCCGGCGGAGAAGCUCGAAGCCGUCAAAGUGGCUUCGUCACUGGGCCUCCAGGGGCCUUCAGCGCCGAUAGGGGCCCAACUACUGGCUACUGGCGGUUCGGAGGAUGCAUCGUCCCUGUACCACGCGAAUCUGCUAGCCAGCAGCAACGCGUCCGUGCUCCAGCAGCCCGUUCUAGCCAGCCUGAACACGCCGGCACUGGCCAGCAUGCAGGCCUCUGCGGAGGCCAACUCGCUGGACAUUCAGGCCAUGCAGUCCAUGGACUGGCUGUUCAAGAAGGAGCGUAUAUACCUGCUCGCCCAGUUCUGGCAACAGAGGGCGACACUGGCGGAAAAGGAAGUUUCCGCAUUGAAGGAGCAACUUGCCGCGGCAAAUGAUGGGAAUUCGAAGACUGAGGGACAUAAAUUGUCUCAGACUCCACAGGGAAGUGAUCAGCAGCAGGUACACGAUGCCAGCAAUCCCAGGAGGACGCCGAACAGCAACCUGGAACAGGAAUUGCAAGCGAAGGACAAAGAGGUGAGAGAGAGUCUCGUAUUUUCACGUUUCCAAAAUCUCCCCUUUCUCCAAAUCCAAAUUCGCAGAAUUGAUACCUACGACUAA